AACAAGGGCGUACCCAGCUGUUCUGAGGAGCAAACGCACCAGCACUCACUUCUCCCUCCGGACAAAUGCAUGUUUGCUUUCUGAAAUGGUCCAUGUGAUGUUUUUCUAUAAACUUUGAAGUCUGAGUGUUUGAGAGGAAAGAAAUUGUUAGCACAAAAAGAAGCAGUAAUGCGAGCUGUCGGUAUAUCGAAGAGCGAGCUGUCUGGCUGAUUUUGUCUGCUAGCGUAGCUAAAGGUAGCAUAACAUUAACGUUAACGUCAUAAUCUAGUAACUAUGUGGGGAGAAAUUGAACCAGAAUCAAGUUCUUUAGCUGCCGAGAAAAGUAGUGGUGAGUCUGGACUAACAUUAGAUCAAAGUAGCACUUGCUCUCGUUCUGAUUCAAAAGGGUCGAGUAGUGGGAAUGAAGGCUGCCCAUCACCUAACAAGGCACAAAGUCCUGCAAAGUGCGAACAUCCCACAUGUUUCAGUGACAUGAUAGAGGCUGUAGCAGUCAGUGGCAGUCCGGUGAAAAGCCAGCAGAUCGGGGACCCUGACCUGACACUGGAGGAGAGAGGACAGAUCUUGCUGGAGCUAUAUGAAACCAAGCCCUUGGUUUUCCUGGAGCGCUACCAGGCACAUCUGAAACCAGAACACCUGGACGCCUUCUCUCACGUCAGCGGCGACUUCAGGGCUCAGCACUACUUCAAAGAGGUGCAGAGGCGUGCAGGCAGUCAAACUAACAGGACUAGAGUUCGCAAUCACCGGUAUGCAGCUCUAAGAGCAUUACAGAAAGAAGGUCAAUAUUUUAGCGAGGAGCAGAUGCGCAUUCGGGAACCGCUGCUGUAUGAGCAGUAUAUCGGCCAGUAUCUGAGUGAGGAGGAGAUCUUUCAGCGCUCCCAGGAUGCAAUGCAGAGGGGACCCGGAGGCCUGGCCGACCUGCUCAUCGACUCCUACCAGGAACGGGUCCUGCAGGGCCGUCUGCAAGAGCAGCAGGAGGAGGAGGACUGUGCACAGGAGGAAGAUGAUGAGGAGGAAGAGGAUGGACAUGGCCGACAUGGAGAGCAGGAUUGGGAGCCUAACGCUCAGGAGAAGGCCCUCCUCAAGGAGGAGUUUGUCAGCCAGAUGCAGCAACGCUUCCUGGAUGGCAAAGACAAAGACUUCAACUACAGUGAGGUGGAUGACAACCCAGAUUAUGACAACUUGGACAUAGUGAGUCGGGAUGCAGAGGAUCGCUACUUUGAUGAUGAUGAUGACGAAGAGGAUGAAGAUGAUACAGACAUGAUUCAAUAAUGAGCUGAAGUCGUUAUGUGAUCAGUGCAUCAGAUUCUAGUCUUCUGUCUGCCACUGCUGAGUCCUGAUCAUUAGUGUUCACAAAAAUAUAUAUAAAAGUAAACAUUCAGAAAUAAAUAUUUGUACAUAAGUAUCACUGUUGACUUUUUACUAUUAAAACAAAACAUAACAAA